AAUUCUAGUUUUUUUUUAAGGAAUAGAUUGUUAGACAAGAAUCGAAGCCAAUAAACUUCAAUCAGAUAAUGAAAUUUCUAUAAAAGCUAUUACACCAUUGCAGAAAAUAUUUAGUCUUUCCUUUAAUUGACAUUAACAAAAAAUGAAGAUACAAAUUAUUAUACUAGCGACUGUUUUGAUCAGCAGUCAGGCAAAAUCAAUUUUGGAUGUUUCUAAUGAAGUUGAUGUCAAUUUGUCACCCGAAGAUUUAAAUAAUCCCGAGAAGAAAUUAUUCGAAUACAGUUUAGAUUCAAAACUCGAGGAAAUUAGAGAUAUUUUAAAAAAUGGAAAUCAAUCACUGGGACUACCCGUUUGUGAUCCAUUUAAACUAGAUCACUGGGAGGAAAAACUCAAUCUCUUUAAUGGCUCAAUUAAAGGUUCGGGAUCCAUUGAUAAUUUAAUAUUUACCGGACUUUCAAGUUAUAAAAUAAUAGAAAGUGAUGUUUCAAUAUUCAAGAGAGCAAUAAGUCUACAACUAAAGUGGCCUCGUUUGGAAGGAAUUUCAUUUUACAUUAUAAAUGCAUUUAUAAAAAAUAAAAUGAUUGAAAUUUACGGAGGAGGAGAUUUUCAAACAACCACUGAAGAUUUAGUAUUUGAUACUGUCGUCUACUUUGGUUUGAAAGAUGGAAAAGUGUACAUUAAAAAAAUGGAUACUCGAAUUUCCCUAAAAAAUUUCAAGUUUACUAUCACGGGAUUGUACUACGACGAAGAUGUUUCAAGAACAAUGAGUAUAUUUCUCACUGAAUUCGUAAAACAAGUAAUUCGUGAUAAUCAGAAAAAUUUAGUGAACGUUGUCAAUAGUUUUAUAAUGAUCAAUGCUAAUAAAUACUUGAGUAAAUUGACUUUUCAAGACUUAUUAGAGCUACUAAGCUAAUAUUUUCAUUUUCUAAUCUAAUAUUAUUAAGAUAGAUCACCUACGACAAUCGUUGACAAAUGUAAACUACUGGAAUUAUUUUUAAAGAAUAUUUUAUCUUAAUAACUUAUAUUUACUAUUUUUAUCAGCGAUAAAAAAGAAACAUUGUAACAU